GCUUCCGUAGAAGCACAGAUGCGCAUGCGUACAAGCUAUGCGGAACCCGUCGCAUGUCCGAUGUGUGAACUCAGAGUCUGUUGCCAUAAUUAAAAAUAAUAAUAAUAAUCAAUCAUGAAGAGCAGGUUUAAUACCGUGGAUAUUAGGGCAGUGAUCUCAGAAAUCAAUGCAAAAUGUGUCGGCAUGAGAGUCAACAACAUCUAUGACAUCGACACUAAAACAUACCUGAUCCGGCUACAGAAGCCGGACUGUAAAUCGGUGCUGCUGAUCGAGUCUGGCAUCAGGAUCCACUGCACUGAGUUCGACUGGCCCAAGAACAUCAUGCCGUCGGGAUUCGCCAUGAAAUGCCGGAAGCAUCUGAAGUCCCGGCGGCUGGUUCAUGUUAAGCAGCUCGGUGUGGACAGGAUCGUGGAUCUGCAGUUUGGCUCUGACGAGGCGGCGUAUCACCUGAUCCUCGAGCUCUACGACCGCGGGAACAUCAUCCUGACGGAUCAUCAGUUCACGAUCCUGAAUCUGCUGCGCUUCCGUACGGCUGAGGCCGAGGAGGACGUGAAGAUCGCGGUGAGGGAACGAUACCCUGUGGAGAACGCCAGACCCGUGGAGCCGCUCAUCAGCCUGACCCGACUCACAGAGAUCCUGUCCGGAGCUCAGAGCGGAGAACAAGUCAAACGGAUUCUGAAUCCUCAUCUGCCGUACGGCGGGCCGCUCAUCGAACACUGCCUCAUGGCCGUCGGACUGUCGGGUCUCUGUAAAGUGGACGGCCAGUUCGAUGUUUCUCAGGGAAGUGCUAAAGUCCUGGAGGCGCUGCAGAUGGCAGAGGAUUACAUGGAGAAAACAGCCGACUUCAGUGGGAGGGGCUUCAUCCUCCAGAAGUGCGAGAAGAAGCCGAGCAUGAGUCCAGAUGAAGCGGAUGAAGAGUUGCUCACGUAUGAAGAGUUUCAUCCAUUUCUCUUUUGUCAACACGCAAAAAGCCGCUAUGUGGAGUUUGAGUCUUUUAACAAGGCGGUGGACGAGUUCUUCUCUAAGAUGGAGAGCCAGAAGCUGGACAUGAAGGCGCUUCAGCAGGAGAAGCAGGCGCUGAAGAAGCUGGAGAACGUGCGGAGAGACCACGAGCAGCGGCUGGACGCUCUUCAUCAGGCGCAGGAGGUGGACAGGCUAAAGGGAGAGCUAGUGGAGAUGAACCUGUCGACGGUGGAGCGCGCGCUGACGGUGGUGCGCAGUGCGCUGGCCAAUCAGGUGGACUGGGCGGAGAUCGGGCAGAUCGUGAAGGAAGCUCAAGCGGCCGGAGAUCCCGUGGCCUGCGCCAUCAAAGAGCUGAAGCUGCAGAGCAAUCACAUGACCAUGCUGCUCAGAAACCCGUAUGUGGCUCCAGAGGACGGAGAGCCGGAACACACGGACUCCGGCCGGACCUCUGAGGAACCAGCGCCGCUGAAGGGCAGGAAGAGCAAGAGCCGGGAGAGCGGGUCGAGAGGAAAACUGGACAGGGACAAACCGGUUCUAGUGGACGUGGAUCUGAAUCUCUCGGCCUACGCCAACGCAAAGAAGUACUACGACUGCAAGAGAAGCGCCGCCAAGAAAGAGCAGAAAACCGUGGAAGCGGCACAGAAGGCCUUCAAAUCUGCAGAGAAAAAGACCAAACAGACACUGAAAGAAGUGCAAACGGUGACCAGCAUUCAGAAGGCCAGGAAGGUGUACUGGUUUGAGAAGUUUCUGUGGUUCGUCAGCUCUGAGAACUAUCUGAUCAUCGCUGGACGAGACCAGCAGCAGAACGAGAUGAUCGUCAAGCGCUACCUGAGAGCAGGAGACGUGUACAUUCACGCGGAUCUGCACGGAGCCACAAGCUGUGUGAUCAAGAACCCGUCCGGCCAGCCGGUUCCCCCCCGCACGCUGACCGAGGCCGGCACCAUGGCCGUCUGCUACAGUGCGGCCUGGGACGCCAAGGUCAUCACCAGCGCCUGGUGGGUCCAUCAUCAUCAGGUGACCAAAACCGCUCCGACGGGAGAGUACCUGACCACCGGCAGCUUCAUGAUCAGAGGAAAGAAAAACUUCCUGCCUCCGUCAUAUCUGAUCAUGGGCUUCGGGUUUCUGUUCAAGGUCGAUGAUCAAAGUGUCUUCAGGCAUCGAGGAGAGAGGAAGAUGAAGACCCUGGAUGAGGAAGAGGACGUGGCGUCCAGCACUGCAGACCUCCUGGAGGAAGGAGACGAACUCUUAGGUGAAGACAGCGAGCGUGAGGAAGAGGAGGAGCCGCAGGCCGAGAGCAACACCAGAGACGAGGAAGAGCAGAGCGGCGAGAUCAGCUUUCCCGACACCAGCAUCUCCCUGUCACACCUGCAGCCCAACAGGACUCUUCACACCAACCCCUUCACGCAGGGCGAGCCGCAUCAGGCAAACGCAGCCGAGGCUCAUGGGAGAAAACACCUGACGGCCAGACAGCGCAGGGACAUGAAGAAGCAGAGGCCGGAGAGUGAGGACGCCCCCGAGGAGAGCGGCGCCGCAGACGUGCAGACUCCCAGCGGUGCGGAGAGCAGGAGCGGGGUCACAGAGCCGGCCGAGAGCAGGAGCGGGGUCACAGAGCCGGCGGACCGCAGGAGCGGGGUCACAGAGCCGGCGGAGAGCAGGAGCGGGGUCACAGAGCCGGCGGAGCGCAGGAGCGGGGUCACAGAGCCGGCAGAGCGCAGGAGCGGGGUCACAGAGCCGGCGGAGCGCAGGAGCGGGGUCAUAGAGCCGGCGGAGCGCAGGAGCGGGGUCACAGAGCCGGCGGAGCGCAGGAGCGGGGUCACAGAGCCGCUGAAGAGAGGACAGAAGAACAAACUGAAGAAGAUGAAGGACAAGUACAAAGACCAGGAUGAAGAGGACCGGGAGAUGAUGAUGAAGCUGUUGGGGUCCGCAGGAUCCAGCAAGGAGGAGAAGCCGAAGAAGGGCAAGAAAGGGAGGAUGAAAGAAGAGCCGGUCAGGAAACAUCCUCCUCCUCCUCAGAAAGCGGUGGUGAAGCCCCAGGCCGUGGCCAUCGUCCACCCGAGCGCCGACGCCGACGAUCCCGACUCCAAGGAGACGGAGGACGUAGACAACCCUGUGGCUGAGGACGUUCUGGACUCUCUGACCGGUCUGCCGCACCCGGACGAUGUGCUGAUGUUCUCCGUGCCCGUCUGCGCUCCCUACAUGGCGCUCGCCAACUACAAGUACAAAGUGAAAUUAACACCAGGGACUCAGAAAAAGGGCAAAGCUGCCCGCACGGCCGUGCUGAGCUUCAUGCGAGGGAAAGAUGCCAGCGCUCGAGAGAAGGACUUGUUCCGGAGCGUCAAGGACACGGAUCUGUCCAGGAACAUGCCUGGGAAGGUGAAGGUGUCGGCGCCGAACCUCUUAGCAGCGAAGAAGAAGUGAAUCACGCUCUGAACCGCCUUCGCACAGACUGGAGAUUCACGUGUGUUUGAUGACGGAGAACAUUUCCCUUCAACUGGUUGGAUUUAAUAAUAAAAAAAAUCUAAAUUACAGUA